GUUAAUCUAUUUGAAUAUUGUCUGAAACUCAAUUGAAUCGUAGAUUGAGAACUUGAUGGGUCUACGAAGCAUUCUCACUCUUUACCUCUUCCUUCUCUUGUUGUGGAUUGCUCAGGGUUCUCUGGCUGAGACCGAUAACGAAGACUCUGCUGCUGUGUCUCUGGAUCUGGGACGCCGUACCAAAAAAAUUUUAUUGAAAAAUCUAGACAAUGUUGGUCUUCCUAUUCCUAUUGAUUCCACUGGCCUUGGACUCUUUGAUGCCUUUUUCGCUAGUCUAUCAAUGAUCCUUGUCAGUGAGAUUGGGGAUGAGACAUUUAUAAUAGCAGCUCUUAUGGCUAUGCGUCACCCUAAGUCAAUUGUUUUAUCGGGUGCGCUAUGUGCUCUCUUUAUAAUGACAGUACUUUCUACAGGACUAGGUAGGAUUGUGCCGAAUUUGAUUUCAAGGAAGCAUACAAAUAGUGCUGCUACAGUUCUUUAUGCUUUCUUUGGGCUAAGGUUACUGUAUAUUGCUUGGAGAUCAGAUUCUAAAUCUUCACAGAAGAAAGAAAUGGAAGAAGUAGAGGAGAAACUUGAAGGUGGACAAGGGAAAACAACAUUUCGACGCUUCUUUUCAAGAUUUUGUACACCAAUAUUUUUGGAGUCUUUUGUUUUGACAUUCCUUGCUGAAUGGGGCGAUCGUAGCCAGAUUGCAACAAUUGCACUGGCAACACACAAAAAUGCACUGGGAGUGGCAGCUGGGGCCACUGUUGGACAUACCAUCUGUACUUCGUUGGCAGUGGUGGGAGGAAGUAUGCUGGCAUCUAAGAUUUCCCAACGCACAGUAGCCACAAUAGGUGGCUUGCUUUUCCUUGGCUUUUCCUUGUCUUCAUACUUCUACCCUCCUCUAUGAGUGAUAAUGUGCAGAAUAGUCCGAUGCUUAGUAGCGUGUAGUCUUUCUACCUUUCCUUUCUCACGUAAUCGUCCUUAUUAUAUAAUUUGUUAUACUUACCUCUAUAAAUCUGGACACUAACCGGGACAUGCAGAAAUGGAUCAUCGAAAGUUAAAAUUUCACAUGACCCUCUUUUUCUGGUUGACAAUGACCCAUUAGUGGUUGAAGUUUAAGCCUGCUUUUGAGGGUAUCUUUUUAUUUUCUGAAUUUUAGAUUUUGAUUAGGAUAAUGCUAAGAAAAGCUCCGUGGAUUAUUCAGAGUUCUUUGAAUUUUUUUUUUUAAAACUAUAUUAAAUUAUAAAACUUAUUUUAUUAAAGAAGUUUGGUAUGUACUCCAAUGUAAACGAUUAGAUAGUUAUAUACAUCCGGAGUCUAUGUCAAACUUUUUUUGUCUUGUCAACUGCUGGGUCUCUCCUCAUGGAUGGAUUAACUUGGAAGUUGAUGGUUUCAAUUGGAACAAUGGCUUAUGUACAGUCUGCGGAUGUGUGUUCAGAGGCACCCCUCAGUGCUUUUAUUCUAGGAUUUUCAAGAAAACUUAGCACUGACAGCUUUCUUUGGGCGGAGUUGUGUAUUUACUAGGCUUACAUGGGCAAGGAACAUAAAAAUUGCAUUUCCUUGCUGUGAAGGAUAUGUGUUACGUCAUCUGCUUUCUAGCUUAGUAGAAGGCGUCUGAACUGUCCAAGGCUCCAAGCUACUGUCACAUACAUUUACAUAGAGAGGCACACCAUUGGGGUUAUUGCUGGGCAUGAGGGAUCAACACAUUCUUGACACAGUCUUUUGAAUACACUUUGUUAUUGACUGAAUUUCAUGUAAAUCUUGUCAAAUCAUUUAGGCCCAUUUUUCAUCUCGUAGAAUUCGCAUGAAAUUUAUUUAAUAAUAGUGUGUUAAAAGA